GCUGUUUACUCUUUACGCGGGAAGCAGCGACGCCUAAACUCCACGGGAAAUCAGAAGUAGCAAAAAAGAAAAGCAGAUAAGCCGGAGCAAAAUGGUCGAGCGCAUCGAGGAUCUUAACCUGCCGAAUGCCGUAAUUGCGCGGCUCAUCAAGGAAUCACUGCCGGAGUCAGCCAGCGUCAGCAAGGAAGCGCGAGCAGCGAUCGCCCGAGCGGCAUCUGUGUUUGCCAUCUUUGUGACAUCCUCGUCGACGGCGUUGGCCCACAAGCAGAAUCACAAGACCAUCACGGCCAAAGAUAUUCUACAGACCCUCACUGAGCUGGACUUCGAGAGUUUUGUGCCCUCCCUGACGCAGGAUCUCGAGGUCUAUCGCAAGAUGGUCAAGGACAAAAAGGAGAGCAAGGCCAGCAAGAAAGACUCCAGCGUCGCCGAAAGUGCCAAUGCAAGUGCGACUCCAGCCGCAGAGGAGGCUGCCGAGUGAUGACGACUGGAAAAAACUAUACAGAUCAAUUAGUCCUUAAGAACAAAGCUAGUAUUAAGCAUAAACAAAGAACAUUAAACAUAAGCAGUAUCUAAGUACGUCACUUGUGUUUUGUCGCUUUCCUCGAAGACUGAAUUGCCUCCUUUAAUUAGGGUUUGUUAGGUCACAGUAUGAAUAUCAGAAAGUGAAAGUUAAUGAAUAAUGUAUGCCCUUACGCUUAUCAUUGCUAAUAAAUAAUGUGGAAUUUUAA